GUGUCUCUUUAUUCGUCUGCGGAACGUCGCGCUAUUAGGUCGCUUUGGCGCGCGUCUGCCGUGUGCUUUUGGAUAAUUUCGUUGGAGUCGAAACAGAUCAGUCCGAAAAGAGAUCGCAUUACUUAAAAACGAAAAACUAAGUUUAGCCACGGCAUUGUCAAAACAAACAUGACAACAGAGAGUGGUGCUAUCAAUCACGCAACACCUGAGACGCUUGCCAAUGAAAACAAAGCAUCCGCCAAAGGUGACGAUGAUUGCACGUUGGAUGGCAUUUUGGUGCGUAUCGGACAGUUCGGACGCUUUCAACUCUUCAAUUAUGUGCUACUCUGCAUACCGAUGAUCUUCAAUGCGUUCUUCUCCAUAUCGUAUGUGUUUACGGCGAGUACGGUGGUGCACAGAUGUAACGUAACGCAGUGCGACAGCGCGUCGAGCGCUUACUACGAACCCUGGCUCAACUACACCAUACCCAUGAAGGGCGCUAGCUAUGAUCAGUGUACACGCUAUGCUACAAACGGCAAUUCGGAAAGUACUGCGACGCAUUUCUACUCAAACCCCUCAAGUGAGUACUGCACGCCGGCGUAUUUUAAUCAAAGUGUUACCGAGAAAUGUGGCAAUGAUUUGAAGUUUCGUGAUGCUGAAUAUACGAUCUCGAAUGAGUUUUCCAUCUUUUGCUCGAGCAUAUGGAUGCUGACUAUGGUUGGUACGGUGAAUAAUAUCGGGCAGUUUGUGGGCAUACCACUGGGUGGUUUCUUUGCAGAUCGUUUCGGUCGCCGCACAAUGCUCGCCAUCGGCGGUUUCCUCAGCGCCAUUAUGGGUAUACUGCGUUCGAUAUCCACGAACUAUUACAUGUUCAUCGCUUUCGAAUUCAUCGACAUGGCUGUUGGUAGCACGCUCUUUCCAACCGCCUUUCUGCUGGCCAUCGAAUUGGUGGGUCCAAAACGACGCGUGGCUGCCGCUACCAUCAUAACGAUUUUCUAUUCGCUGGGCGAGGCGUUGUUGGGUGUUUUGGCACAACAAUUCCAAAAUUGGCGUAAUCUGUUGCGCGUGCUCUACACACCGGCGCUCUUACAGAUACUCUUCCUCUUCAUACUGCCCGAGAGUGUGCGCUGGCUGCUGAGUCAGGGUAGAGAGGAGGAUGCUGCACGCUUGUUGAAACGUGCUGCGCGCAUAAAUAAACGUGAAAUACCGGAGCAUGAUUUGAAAGCUUUGGUGGCGGAGAAUCAAGCGAAGCUCGAACAGGCGCACGAAAGCCACUAUCCAAUAGUGAAAGCGUUGAAGCUGUUUCGUUGGCGUUUAUUGAAUUGUUGUUUCUGUUGGUUCACGCAUACGCUGGUUGCAUUGGGCUUGAGUCUUACCUCAGUGACGUUGGGUGGUAAUAAAUAUACCAAUUUCCAGUUGAAUGGUCUGGUGCAAGUGCCCGGCUUAAUUUUGCCACUACUGAUUAUGGAUCGCAUUGGGCGGCGCUAUUCGCUGUGUGGCUCUAUGUUGGUAUGCGCGCUUUGUAUGGGCGUUACAGCGGUGGUGGGCGGCGAUCAUGAAGCCGUCGAGUUGGUGCUCUUUUUAAUCGGCAAAUUUGCCAUAACAUGCAGCUUCCAAAUUUUAUACUUUUUCACCUCGGAAAUAUUUCCCACAAAUGUACGCAACAGUCUGCUGUCAUUUUGCUCUAUGGUGGGACGCAUCGGUUCAAUGUUGGCGCCACAAGCACCGCUUUUGGUCAAUUACUAUGAGUAUGCGCCGCAAAUAUUAUUUGCAAGUUUUGCGCUAAUCAGCGGUACAUUAACGCUGCUCUUCCCUGAAACGACUGAUAAAGUCUUGCCAACAACGCUACAAGAUGCCGAACAAUUGAAUGAUAAAAAACGCAAAAAUAAGGCAAACAUCGUUGAAUGAGUUCGAUUGUGCGCGUUGAAGUGAAGUGUUUUCUUGUUAUAAACAUAUUUAGACAAAUGUGCUUUGUAAAUUUAAAUUAAUUUAAAUGUAUAUUAGUGUAUUAUUUUGUAUGUGUAGAAAUGUGCCAAAGGACAGGUUAAAAAUAAAAAUUUGAUGAAAAAAAAUA